CUGUGGGCUCCGUGCUCCUGCACCUGACUCACGUGGGCUCCGUGCUCCUGCACCUGACUCCUGUGGGCUCCGUGCUCCUGCUGAGGCAGUGCUGGGCGUUGGUACUGAUCAAGACCAAGGUUGGAGGAGGCGUCCUAUGGGAGGCCUGUGGUUUCCAGGAGGGCAGAAUUGAAGCAGCCAGCCUGAGCCCAGGGCGGAGGCUCUGCCUUCCCAACAAGGGCAGGACCCAGAGGAAGAGUGAGGCCACAGAGGCAGGUCCUGGCCAGGCCCCUGGAAGGCACCGAUGUGCCGAGAGCCUUCUGUGAAAAAGAGUGGAGGCCCCGGUGACCACGGCAUGCUGAGGGACAGGUCCAGAAAGUCUUCUUCCUGACUGCUCCCCUUCCCCGUUCUUCAUUUCCCCAUAAACCCUUGAAACAGAGGAGCCUGUGUGUGUGCUUGUCCUUGGGGCCACCGAUAAGUGGCAGCAGAGGGGCCUGCCUUCCACAAAGCACAGGAGCAGGGACCACGAGUGACCUGGGAACACUGGCCCCAGGCUCCCUGCCUCCCUCCUUCUGCCCCGGCCUCCACCUGCCCCGGCCUCCACUUUAAGUCACACCCAACAGUUGUGAGACGUCGGUGUUUCUGUUGUUGUGCAGCAGCCAGGAGUGGGACAAAGGACUCGCUCUUCUAAUUUUUAAAAUGCAAAGCAAACCACAUGUGGGCCCAGCCGGCCCUCAAGAGAAGCUGCCUUUCCUCCGGCUCCGCGGCUCCUCCCAUCUGACAGCUCCCCCCACCUGCUGGGGACUGAGGCCUCUGUUCUGGGGGUUGCCGGUGCCACUUCCCCUCUCCACAGCCGUACAGUGGCCGGCUCAGCUCACGUUCACAGCCCUUUCAGCCACUGCAGCCGUGGACAGCAGCCUGGUCAUAGUGGGAUGUGCAGCUGGCCCACCCCCUCCAGCCAUCCUGCAAGUCACCGUGAACGUCCUCAUGCUCCAAUAGCAAAGCUGCUGGUCGGAAAGAGGCUGGGCUCCUGCACACCCCCCAGCGAUGGCUUUCCGUGUCUAUCCUGUUCACUGAAGGGGAGCGGCUCCUGGAGAGUGAAGCCGCUGUCGUUUGAGGGUGAAGCUGCUGUGGUUUGAGCCCUCAGCCCGCACGCAGCUGAUUCACCAACCGCAGAAGUACGGAGGAGUCAAGGUUGGGAAGGACAGAAAUGGUUCCUGACCUCGGGAGCUGGAGGUUGAGUGGGUUGGUCUAAAAAGCAACUGAAUAGUAAAUGGAUGAAUUAGCAUAACGAUGAAUGCGUAUUGAUCAAUUUUUCGGAAAAUUAAAUGUUUUUCGUCAUCAGUUUUGAUUGAUGAUGAGGUUGUAUAAGCAAUUACUCAGAAUGAUUACAAGUCGUAAUUAUGCCAGGAAAGGGAGCGUGAAUGGUGCUGUGCUUGAGGCCGGAUCGGACGCAGCCCGGGGAGAGGAGGCUCUGGGGGCUUUGAGAAGCGACGGGGCCAUAGGGCGGAGCGGGCCUGGGCUGCAGGGGAGCAGCGGGGGCCUCGGGCCCGCGGGAGCUGAGCAGGGAUGGAGCCUCUGCGGGGAGGAGGAGGGAGGCUUGCGGCCUUCCGAGGGCCCCGGGCCAGGAGGGAGAGGCGGGGCUGGCUCAGAGCCGAGGAGAGGGCGGCACCGGGCGCUGUUCUCAGAGAGGCCGAGUGACAGGAGGCCGUUUCUGGGUCUGGAUUCUCACCGUAAAACAAGUCGGUACAACGCAAUUCUCACUACGGGCCUCCUGCUCUGAGGUGAUGUGAUUCAGAGCGAGGCUCCGGGGUCUCCAAAAUUUCCCUGUAAACAGGAACCGCACGUCGAAGGCCAGUACCGCAUCCAACACCACCAUCUGCUGGAGCACGCCAAGAUGUCCCUUGUGGCCGUCCCCUUCUACCAGAAGAGACACAGGCACUUCGACCAGUCCUACCGUAAUACUCAAACACGGUACCUGUUGGACGAAUAUGCGUCAAAAAAGCGAGCUUCCACCCAGGCAUCUUCCCAGAAGUCCCUGAGUCAGCGGUCGUCUUCGCAGAGAGCCUCCAGCCAGACGUCCCUGGGAGGAACCAUCUGCAGAGUCUGUGCGAAGCGAGUGAGCACGCAGGAAGAGAGGGAGCAGGAGAACAGAAGCAGGUACCAAUCCCUGGUGGCCGCCUAUGGCGAGGCCAAGCGACAGCGCUUCCUCAGCGAGCUGGCCCACUUGGAGGAGGAUGUCCACCUGGCGCGCUCCCAGGCCCGCGACAAGCUGGACAAAUACGCCAUUCAGCAGAUGAUGGAGGACAAGCUGGCCUGGGAGAGACACACAUUCGAAGAGCGGAUAAGCAGGGCUCCUGAGAUCCUGGUGCGGCUGCGAUCCCACACCGUCUGGGAGAGGAUGUCUGUGAAACUCUGCUUCACCGUGCAAGGAUUUCCCACGCCCGUGGUGCAGUGGUACAAAGAUGGCAGUCUGAUUUGCCAGGCGGCUGAACCGGGAAAGUACAGGAUUGAGAGCAACUAUGGCGUGCACACGCUGGAGAUCAACAGGGCAGACUUUGACGACAGCGCGACAUACUCAGCAGUGGCCACCAAUGCCCACGGACAAGUGUCCACCAACGCGGCGGUGGUGGUGAGAAGGUUCCGGGGAGACGAGGAACCAUUCCGUUCAGUGGGACUCCCGAUUGGAUUGCCCCUGUCAUCGGUGAUUCCGUACACGCACUUCGACGUCCAGUUUUUGGAGAAGUUUGGGGUCACUUUCAGGAGGGAAGGUGAGACUGUCACUCUCAAGUGCACCAUGUUGGUGACGCCGGACCUGAAGCGGGUGCAGCCACGUGCCGAGUGGUACCGCGAUGACGUGCUGUUGAAAGAGUCCAAGUGGACGAAGAUGUUCUUUGGAGAAGGCCAGGCCUCCCUGUCCUUCAGCCACCUGAACAAGGACGAUGAGGGCCUGUACACCCUGCGCAUCGUGUCUCGGGGCGGCGUCAGCGACCACAGUGCCUUCCUGUUUGUCAGAGACGCUGACCCGCUGGUCACAGGGGCCCCCGGCGCACCCAUGGACUUGCAGUGCCAUGACGCCAACCGAGACUACGUCAUCGUGACCUGGAAGCCGCCCAACACCACCACCGAGAGCCCCGUCAUGGGCUAUUUUGUGGACCGAUGUGAAGUAGGAACGAAUAAUUGGGUGCAGUGCAAUGAUGCGCCAGUGAAAAUCUGCAAAUACCCGGUCACAGGGCUUUUUGAAGGAAGGUCUUACAUAUUCCGAGUGAGGGCGGUGAACAGUGCGGGCAUCAGCCGACCCUCCAGGGUCUCUGAUGCGGUGGCUGCACUUGACCCCUUGGACCUCAGAAGGUUACAAGCCGUUCAUUUAGAGGGAGAGAAGGAGAUUGUCAUUUAUCAGGAUGACCUUGAAGGUGACGCCCAGGUUCCGGGGCCUCCCACCAACGUGCACGCCUCCGAGAUCAGCAGAAACUAUGUCGUCCUCAGCUGGGAGCCACCCACUCCCCGUGGCAAGGACCCACUCAUGUACUUCAUCGAGAAGUCCUUGGUGGGGAGCGGCAGCUGGCAGAGAGUCAACGCCCAGACGGCUGUGAGGUCCCCGAGAUAUGCCGUGUUUGACCUCAUGGAAGGGAAGUCAUAUGUGUUCCGAGUGCUGUCAGCAAACCGGCAUGGCCUGAGCGAGCCGUCGGAGAUAACGUCCCCCAUUCAGGCCCAGGACGUGACCGUUGUCCCUUCUGCUCCGGGUCGGGUUCUUGCUUCCCGAAACACCAAGACGUCAGUGGUGGUGCAGUGGGACCGACCGAAGCAUGAGGAGGACCUGCUGGGCUACUACGUGGACUGCUGUGUGGCCGGAACCAACGUCUGGGAGCCCUGCAACCACAAGCCCAUCGGAUACAACAGGUUCGUGGUGCACGGCUUAACCACAGGAGAGCAGUACAUCUUCCGAGUCAAGGCGGUCAAUGCCGUGGGGAUGAGUGAAAAUUCCCAGGAAUCGGACAUCAUAAAAGUGCAGGCUGCACUCACUGUCCCGUCCCAUCCGUAUGGGAUUACGCUCCUCAACUGUGACGGCCACUCCAUGACCCUGGGCUGGAAGGUCCCGAAAUUCAGUGGUGGCUCACCCAUCCUGGGUUACUACUUGGACAAGCGUGAAGUUCACCAUAAAAACUGGCACGAGGUCAAUUCCUCACCCAGCACACCGACAAUCCUAACGGUGGACGGAUUGACGGAAGGCUCACUCUACGAGUUCAAAAUUGCUGCCGUCAACCUUGCCGGCAUCGGGGAGCCCUCGGAUCCCAGUGAGCACUUCAAGUGUGAGGCCUGGACCAUGCCGGAGCCCGGUCCUGCCUACGACUUGACGUUCUGUGAGGUCAGGGACACGUCCUUGGUCAUGCUGUGGAAGGCCCCCGUGUACUCUGGCAGCAGCCCUGUUUCUGGAUAUUUUGUGGACUUUAGGGAGGAGGAUGCUGGAGAGUGGAUCACUGUCAAUCAGACGACAACGGCCAACCGUUAUUUAAAGGUCUCUAACCUGCAGCAAGGUAAGACUUAUGUCUUCAGGGUCCGGGCAGUCAAUGCAAACGGCGUGGGGAAGCCCUCAGACACGUCGGAGCCUGUACUGGUAGAGGCGAGACCAGGCACCAAGGAAAUCAGUGCCGGUGUCGACGAACAAGGCAACAUCUACCUGGGCUUCGACUGCCAGGAAAUGACAGACGCGUCUCAGUUCACCUGGUGUAAAUCCUACGAGGAGAUUGCAGAUGAUGAGAGAUUUAAAAUCGAAACCGUGGGGGAUCACUCCAAGCUGUACUUAAAGAAUCCGGAUAAGCAGGAUUUAGGGACUUACUCUGUGUCUGUAAGUGAUACAGACGGAGUGUCCUCCAGUUUCGUUCUGGACCCAGAAGAGCUCGAACGUUUGACGGCAUUGAGCAAUGAAAUAAAGAACCCCACAAUUCCUCUGAAAUCGGAAUUAGCUUAUGAGAUUUUUGAUAAGGGGCGGGUUCGCUUCUGGCUGCAGGCUGAGCACUUAUCACCAGAUGCCAGCUACCGAUUUAUUAUUAACGACAGAGAAGUCUCUGACAGCGAGAUACACAGAAUUAAAUGUGACAAAGCUACCGGCAUUAUUGAGAUGGUGAUGGAUCGAUUUAGUAUUGAAAAUGAGGGGACCUACACUGUGCAGAUUCAUGACGGGAAAGCCAAAAGUCAGUCUUCUCUAGUUCUUAUUGGAGAUGCAUUCAAGACUGUGCUGGAAGAGGCUGAAUUUCAAAGGAAAGAAUUUCUCAGGAAACAAGGCCCUCAUUUUGCUGAGUACUUGCACUGGGAUGUCACCGAAGAAUGUGAAGUUCGACUUGUUUGUAAGGUUGCAAACACCAAGAAAGAAACCGCUUUCAAAUGGCUCAAGGAUGACGUUCUGUAUGAAACGAAGACAUUGCCUGACUUGGAGAGGGGAAUCUGUGAGCUGCUCAUCCCAAAGUUGUCAAAGAAGGACCAUGGUGAAUACAAGGCAACCUUGAAAGAUGACAGAGGCCAAGAUGUGUCCGUCCUUGAAAUAGCUGGCAAAGUGUAUGACGAUAUGAUUUUGGCAAUGAGUAGAGUCUGUGGGAAAUCUGCUUCACCACUGAAGGUACUCUGCACCCCAGAAGGAAUACGACUUCAGUGUUUGAUGAAGUAUUUUACUGAAGAAAUGAAGGUGAACUGGUGUCACAAAGAUGCUAAGAUCUCAUCCAGUGAGCAUAUGAGAAUUGGGGGUAGUGAAGAGAUGGCCUGGCUGCAGAUAUGUGAGCCGACGGAGAAGGAUAAAGGAAAAUACACUUUUGAGAUUUUCGAUGGCAAAGAUAACCAUCAACGCUCCCUCGACCUGUCCGGACAAGCUUUUGAUGAAGCAUUUGCAGAAUUCCAGCAACUCAAAGCUGCUGCUUUUGCAGAGAAGAAUCGUGGCAGGUUGAUUGGCGGCUUGCCUGACGUGGUGACCAUCAUGGAAGGGAAGACCUUGAAUCUCACCUGCACGGUGUUUGGAAACCCUGACCCCGAAGUGGUUUGGUUCAAGAAUGACCAGGACAUCCAGCUCAGCGAGCACUUCUCGGUGAAGGUGGAGCAGGCCAAGUACGUCAGCAUGACCAUCAAAGGCGUGACCUCCGAGGACUCGGGCAAGUACAGCAUCAACAUCAAGAACAAGUAUGGCGGGGAGAAGAUCGAUGUGACGGUGAGUGUGUACAAACACGGGGAGAAGAUCCCGGACAUGGCCCCGCCCCAGCAAGCCAAGCCCAAGCUCAUCCCAGCGUCUGCCUCAGCGCCAGGCCAGUGAAGGCGUUUUCCCAGCCUGGAGAUGGGAAAAAAUGCUUGGCAGAGACAGGAAUGCCGUGUGCUUGUUCCAAAGGAGUGGCCGGCGUCCGAGUGGCGUCCCGUGUGGGCCGAUAGUUGAUCACACAUUGUGCUUUUGAUUUUUGCAUUUGGUGAUGAAUAUUUUAUACCCAUCUAAGGGCGAAAGCUAACGUUUUCCACAAGACUGAACAACAUGCAUUUACACGAGGGUAGAUGGCAGAUGCCUGACAGGGAGUGGGUUGGCAGACAAUACACUAGCGUUUUCAAGGGUGUGGGCACACGGGUGUGGCACCCGGAUGUGUGCAGCAUGUGCGGUCUGUGUGAAGCCACCGUGCUUCUCUUUGGGGGCCUCAAGAUCUAGCAGCUCUGAAAUCCUCGCUGUGGAGCCUUUGAAGCAUGUGUUACCUGGUUAAGCUUGUUUUCUCUUGCUUUAGGCAAAUAAAACUUUAAAAAGUCA